AUGUCAGGUUACAAGCUGUACUAUUUUCCAGUCCGUGCUAAAGGAGAAAUAGACAGAUGGGCAUUUUCAGCUGCUAAAAUUGAUUUCGAAGACAUUCGGGUGAAUUUUGGAGAAGAAUGGCGCAAGGAAAAAGAGUGUAAGUAGAACAUAAGAACAAGUUGGUUGUUUUCUGAAUUUGGUCGAGUUCUCAGUGACAAUGAAUUAAAAGUUAUGGAAAAUGAAGCGAACACUGCAUGCAAAGUCGCGUGCUGUGCAUGCAACAAUUUUAUCGGUUUCGCGACAGUGAUCGUUUUCGAAAACGGAUUCGUUCGAUUGCAUGAUGGUUUUCGUUUGGAACCUUUUGAUAAACGUAUAUUGAACAGUCUUGUUUCUUUCUUUUCCUUGGUGGACAGGUCACUUUGUUUCGUGACAAAUGUCGCCUGACAUGGUUAUAAAAUUUAUGUGGCUGGCCUGUGCAUAUUUAAUCAGGUCGAGUUGACUAUUCUUUCACUUGGCGUCAUGCUUCCUCGCGCAUCUGAAACAAACUGCUUUGUCAUGCCUGCCGAGUGGUUAUGCUUCAUAUACAUUACUCACGAUCAAAUAUCAGGAGGUAUUUGAUUGAUUGUUUGAUUAACUGAUUGGUCGUUAAUUGUUGUUGUUUUCAGCUGGCAGACCACCACUUGGUCAGAUGCCAUUUCUCGUGACUCCUGAAGGAAAAAUCCUGGCACAAUCUGGUGCCAUUAUGAAAUACAUUUGGAAGAAAGCAGGUAUCAAAACUAACAUCGGUAGUGGAGCUUUGUCUUAAGGGGCAGAAAGAGCUGGAUGUAUCCAGUGUGCAAUUUUUUUGUUUGUUCCGGCUUAACGCAUCCCAGCUGCAGUUAGUCCCUGUUAGGGUAAAAUCCUGACAAGCGACAUGGCCUUGAAACAGUGCAUAAAAUAGAUGAAUUGGCGACAAACGGCAUGCUGCAAAAUUCCGAAAACAAGCCCCAGGGCUUACAUUUUUCAAAGGCCCUUUUUGAGGGGCUUAUUUUUGGAGGGGUUUAUGUACGGAGGGGCUUAUGUACGGAGGGAAAUUUGCGUUUCAAAAUCGAUUGGGUUAGCCUCAUAGUUGGUAGUAAACUUACCGUUUUUGCUUUGUUUCACUUUGUUUUUGAGGGCAAUUUUUCAAGUACAAGCCCCAGGGGGGCUUAUAUCGGAAGGGCGAUUUAACUGAGGGUUUUUUGCGUUACCGGAUUGGAGGGGCUUAUAUUUGGAGGGGCUUAUACAUGGAGAGGCUUAUUAUUUUCGGAAUUUUACGGUAUUUAAAGAUGGGUUGAAUACCAACAGGGACAUUGCCUACUCCUCAAACGCGCAACGACCGUAUUUGAAAUUCAGCUUAGGAACACACAUGUGCAUAGCACCCUUCUCCUCUCUGUUAAGCGGGUGACCGUAGACCGGGGCUUCUGCUGUACUUGAUACUCGCGUUUCCAAACCGUGAUUUCCGACCAUUUCUGAUAAACUUGUCAGGUUUGUCUCCAAGUGACAGUUUUGACGAAGCAGUUGCUGACAUGAUCCAUGAUGGAGCUACUGAUUUGCGUGAUCUCUGGCUCAGAACACACUUUGAGAAGGAUGAAGCGGCAAAGGUACGAUUGACUUAACGUGUAGCUAGAAAAGUAGCCUAUAACCGUCCACUCUCGUUGACAGAAAUAUAAAUCACUUUUUUCAAACGGGUUUAAGUACAGGUGAAAGGAUUAUAAAGAUAGCAAACCAGCCGCCUGCGUAGCACUAUCCUGAAGCGUUUCCGCUCGAGUUAUUGCUCUCGUUCUGGCUUUCACCCAUUAUUUUUAGCUGAAAAUUUAACUGCAAUCAAGGACACAAAUAACCCCUCUGCACCCUGUAUAACUCGAGCGGAAAUGCUUGCAACGCAGGCUAGCAAACCAGUUUUAAUAAAAGCCAUUAAAUGGCCAUGAAUCGGCUCGGAAACCACACCAGAAAGAAGAAAAACUUAAGGGGUUGGGUGAUACAGGUGAUUUGUAUUUCAUUCAGACGAUGGUAACAUUUUUCCCUUUUUCUUUUUCUUUGUAAAUAAAAUACUUAUCAAGAUGUAAUUUGUUCUUGGUCGGUUUUUAGUAUUAUUAUUUUUACUUAUUAUCAGUUUUCUUCUUAUUAAUUAAUUAAUUUAUUUGUUUUGAAAAAAAGUGAAAAACGUUUCAUAGUACGCACCAAUCAUAAGGUGAAGAGGCCGGGAGAGCAGGCACCAUACAAAGUGGGACUGUUGUAGACAUGGCGUGACAUACUGGCUACCCCUAUCGUAACAUGAGAUAACAGUCGUUGAGAAUAUGAUACAAAUCACUUUGACUCUGAAGAUAACUGACUACCGCACAGAUUGUCGAAACGCCAGUGCUGUCAACAACAAUCAUAUUCAGGACUACGAUCACCCGGAUGAUCAUGCUUCACCCACUUAUGAAAUGACUCAUGGGUUCAAACAUUUCACAGUGGAUACUUUGAUCAUAAUAACUGGCAAAAUGUCGUAAGAUCUAAUCAUUUUCUACCUACUUAACCAUUAUCUUUAUUUAAGGAGACGAAAAUGAAGGAGUUUUUGGAAACAACUCUUCCUACUCGACUUGAGAAAUAUGAAGCUCUUCUCAAAAGUAAGGACGAAGGCAAAGGGUUCUUUCUCGGAGCCAAAGUAAGUGAGCAUAUGGGAGAAAAACGACUUCUCCUCUCCAUUCUUUUCCAUGUUAAUUAUGUUCCCUGGCUCCCACGAGUCUCCUGUUGCUCAGUGUUAGAGUUUCUGGACUGGUAACCGGGAGGCCUAGGCUGGACGCCUGUUGGGAAAAGUGACACGCCCUUUUUCAGUCUUGUUUUCCUGCAUUGCCCCAUAUACGUAAAGGAAUCCAAGACAGUCUUGGAAUCUGGAUUCCACGCCGUGGAUUCUGGAUUCCAGGUUUUGGAUGCCAGUCUUUGUCCGGAUUCCAAUCGUUGGUGGGAUUCCGGAUUCCUUGAGCUGUAUUCCAGAUUCCAACAGCAAAAUGUUCUCGGAUUCCUUUUCAUGGGUCGACUUGCUAUAGUUUUUCAUUCGGCCUUGUUCACUCUAAGUUAUUUAAAAAAAAAAACAAAAGAAAACAAAAAGAACUCUGUGCUAAGCGAGUAGCUCAAUUCUCUUUUCUUUUUUUCUGCAGCUCAGCUAUGCCGACAUUUCGUUCGUUGAAUUCAUUAACAGCUUCAGUUUGAUGGUGAAAAAACAGAAAGAUGAUGGUAAACCAGCACCAGACCUCGACGAGUUAUUCAAGAAGUUUCCUCUGUUAGAUGGGCAUUACAAGCGUGUGUUGGACGUGCCUGAAAUAAAGGCUUGGGUGGAAAAACGUCCUCCAUCCGACGUCUAAGCCUCUUAUCGAUGUGAUAGAGCGAUUUUCGUAUGACCUUGAAAUGAAAACUCGCGAACAAUACAGAAACAACAAACGAACGGAAAUAGAGCGAUGUGAUUGGUUUAUCGAACGGAUACAAACGUGUUUGGUCUUUGGCUGGUUAAGCUAACGCUAGAACUUUCUAGAAAUCAAUCGAUACUUCGCUUUGACGUCAUACUGCAGCACGAUUGGCCAAUCGAACAAUGCCUUCUCUAUAUUAGGAUUCUUUUUGGCGGGAAAACAAAGAGUCCAUGUUUUGAUCUUUUCAUCCGUUGCCUGAUGAAACAAAUAAUGAACACUUAAAGAAACCAUUUUUCAAGGUCAUACGAAAUUCGAUCUACUUAUGGCAUAUGUUAACGUGGGCACAACUGUGUACAAAUAAAGUUAGAACAGGAGCAUAGAAUAAAUAUUAUUUGAGAUUUGCUGG